AGUGCGAACGAGUUUGUACAAGUUGUCGGCGAAACAAGAAGCGAAUAGAAUUGACAGCUGACAGCGUAGAAGUUGAUUGACAACAGUCGACAAGAUCACGAGACGACUAUAAGCCAAAGUAUUCGAAUCGUGUACAGUGCAGUCUUAAUCGUGAACAAUGGAACAGAGUUUUAUACACGAAAGAUACCGAUUAGACGGCGAUUCCAUCAUCAUUUCCGACAGCGAUGAAGAUAACGUCGUUGAGAAUUUCACUACUGCGUCGCUUGACAGACAUGCAUUCGUCACCGACAAGAAUUAUGACGGGGAUUCUUAUGUUUUGGCAAAUUCGACGCCGAAAAAAAAUAAAUCCAUUGAUGAUACACCAGUUGCUGGCCUGGCCAAAUGCAUAGUUCAGAGAAAAAUACAAAUGAUGGAUUCUGAUUCAGAUAGAGAAAAUCUUGCAGAUUCUCUUAUUUCAUAUUUACCGAUUAAAAAUAAUAAUAAAAAAAGGAAAGAUAUUAGUCAUGAUAAUAGUAGAGAAGACAUAAAAGGAUUAAAACUCGAUUCUUCUAAUGAAUCUCUUGAGUAUAAUAAUUUACAUAAACAAAAUGAUAUUGAUCAUGAAAUAUCAAAUCAUAAAAUAUCAGAUAAUAAAAUGCAUGAAAUUGAAAUCCCUCGUGAUGUAGCUGUGACUAUCGAGCUUGAUACAGAUUCCAGUUCUGGACGAAACAGUGAAUCCGAAGUAGCAUUAUCUUCUGAGAAACAAGGAAUUGGUGUUGGAAAUAUAGAUCCAUUAGUAACACAAAAAAGAGCAAUUAUGGUUCGCAAAUUAGAACAGUUUAAAGAUCAAUUAACGAAAACAAAAUUAUUGCUCACUGAAGGGAACAUUGAAAUAUUACCUGAUAAAGGACAGAGAGUACAUGAAAGUAUACGCGAACAAGAAACAGAAAUUGAAAAGUUGACAUUCGACCUAGAAAAAACACCUUUGGUGCAAAGCUUAAAUAGCCAAGAAAAUAAAAUAUCAAAAGAAUCAAUGCGCAUCGAAAAUGCAUCAUACUUGGAUUAUUCGGAUGAUUUGGAUGACUCUGAUGAUUCUGAUGAUUCUGAUGGCUCAGAUGAUUCAGAUGAUUCAGAUUAUUCAGAUUAUUCGGAUUUUGAUAUUAGUGACAUACCGUUGAAUCCAACUACAUUUCCCGAACUAAAACGAUUAGGCAAAAAGGCACAAGCGACAAGAGAUAGAGAACUCGCUCUAACAGUGGAACGAUUAAAAGAUUUGCAUGGAUCACUCGUUGCUCGUCCAUCAGAACACAAAAAAGCGGAAGAUCCAAGGGGAUUAAAAGUACAAUUAAUGCCACACCAGCAGCAUGCUCUUGCAUGGCUUCUGUGGAGGGAACAGCAAAGGCCGGCUGGUGGCGUUUUAGGUAAAUAUCUAAAACAAAGCGAUUAUAAACUCAUUAUCGUUUCUCAAUGGACCACUCUGUUAGAUGUUAUAGCAUCGCACCUACCUACAAUCAAGGAUGCUACAUUUAGCAAAUUUACUGGAAAUGUUGCUAUCAAAGAUCGCCAAAAUGUAGUGGAUUCCUUUAACAGUCGAAAUUCUGGUCCAAGAAUCUUGCUGCUCUCCCUUACUGCUGGUGGUGUAGGAUUAAACUUGAUAGGUGGCAAUCAUUUAUUAUUGUUUGACAAUCAUUGGAACCCACAGCUGGAGACACAGGCGCAAGAUAGGAUUUAUCGCUUUGGUCAGAUAAAAAACGUCUUCAUCUACAAAUUUAUUUGUGUUGAUACAAUAGAGGAACGCGUAAAAGCCUUGCAGGAGCGAAAGCUCGAGAUAGCGAGCAGUGUGUUAAGUGGUGAUAAAAAUAAUGCUUCCAUGAAGCUCACUCUCAAUGAUCUUAAGUCACUGUUCGGUUUUUAAUCCAUUUUAUCUUGUGAUUGAUAUAUAUAU